GGAUCACUUCUAGGCUUAGAUAAAACUUAGAUGGAGCGGCAGAGCGGGUCCCUUUUUUUUGCUGGUGUUGCUCCAGUUUCUUUUUUUUCUGCCGCUACUAUUCCGCAUUGAAAAGUGCGAGGUACUGAUCAUCAGUCGAUCAGAAAGAAUCCCGAAGUUUUAUUUCUUAUAUUCAUAUUCCCGGUAGCUUUCCUAUUCUUCAGCUUCAAAUAUUUCCAAACUUUACAAUUGACUAGUUUCAAUUAAUAUCAACCUAAUUGGGAUUAUAUAAAAUGAAGCGCAAAGCCCAAUCGCAACUUGUAGGUAACAAACCUGCCAAAAAGAAGUCCAAGAAGACUGCACUGAGCGAUGAGGAAGCUAGGAAAAGAUUCAGGAAAGGGCUAUUCGACAAAGACGUCUUAGACAAAUACACCCAAGGAUAUGCCAAAUCCACACCCUACAAACACAGCGUUAUCCACGAGCUGAUCGACGACACCUUACUACGAUCCGUUCGCGAGGAGAUCAAAGAGAAUGUCUCCUUUACCCCUAAGGAGACUGACAUCUACAAGAUCCAUCAGUCUGGUGAUCUUGCGAAUCUCGACGGCUUAGACGACGAGGCCCUAGCCCGGCUCCCUUCGUUGCUUGCUCUCAGAGACGCAAUAUACUCGCAGGCCUUCCGAGACUAUGUCGCGCACAUUACUGGAUGUGGCCCCUUGAGCGGUAGGAAGACAGACAUGGCUAUUAACGUCUAUACCCCGGGGUGCUAUCUUCUAUGUCACGACGACGUCAUUGGCAGUCGCAAAGUCAGCUACAUCCUCUAUCUGACCGAUCCUGACAUUCCCUGGAAGCCCGAAUGGGGUGGCGCACUGAGGCUCUUCCCCGUACAGACGAUCAAGGGUAAAGAUGGCGAGGUUGCGAAAACACCUGCGCCGGACGUCAGCAAGGUCAUUCCUCCUGCUUGGAACCAGCUGAGUUUCUUCGCUGUCCAACCCGGCGAGAGUUUCCACGACGUCGAAGAGGUAUACCAUGCCGCAUCCAAAGAGCAACUCCAGAAAGAGGGGGGAAGGGUCCGCAUGGCCAUCAGCGGCUGGUUUCACAUCCCUCAGGUUGGAGAGCCCGGAUACGUUGAGGGCGCUGAGGAGAAGCUAGCUAAGAACAGUGGUUUGAUGCAAUUGCAAGGAAACCCGGACCAAUACGACUUGCCUCAAUUGAAACCAGUCCCGGUCGAACAACCCCAGUCGAGCUCUCAAGAGGAAUUCAACGAGGCCGACUUGGAGUUUUUACUCAAGUACAUGGCUCCGACGUACCUUACCCCUGAUACCCUCGAGCAAAUUUCAGAACAGUUCGACGAGGAAUCUAGCAUCACGCUACCCAACCUCCUUGGCAAGAAAUUCGCCAAGAGAUUACGGGAUUACGUCGCCGCUCAGGACAGCGCACCUCUACCAGAAGACGCUACGGAGAUUGAGAAGGGGGCUUGGCGGGUAGCGAAGCCGCCCCAUAAGCAUCGAUACCUAUAUCUUCAAGCCGACAGCGCUUCCACCAACAAGAAGAACGGAAAGUCGAAAAAGGACGACUCGCCUAUAAGAGAGCUCCUAGAGGAGUUUCUCCCAAGUCCUCAGUUCCGUCGUUGGCUGCAGAUCGCGACGGACUCCGUGAUCGAGAGCCACAACUUCGUCGCCAGGCGCUUCAGACGCGGCAAGGACUACACGCUCGCUACGGGACACGAGGGCAAGCCUCGCCUCGAGCUAUCCUUAGGCAUCACGCCGACGAGCGGAUGGGGAGACGAAGACGAAGAAGACGACGCCGAAGACGCUACCGCCGAAGAGAACGGCGAAGGUGCUGAAGACGCCAAGACCAACGGCAAGGGCAAAGGUAAAGCGAAAGCCAAGUCCGACGCCCCGAAGAAGAAUAAGAGCGGCAAAAAGGGACCCGAGCCCGAAGAGGAAAAAGAAGAAGAAGAAGAAGAGGUAGAAGUCGGUGGCCACGAGGUAUACAUGGCGGGCGACGACGACGCGGCGAACGAGGACGCGGCGGUGUACAAGUCGAGCGGAGACGACGACAACAUCCUGUUCUUCCAGGCUCCCGCGUGGAACAAGAUGUCCCUCGUCCUGCGCGACAGCGGCGUGCUCAAGUUCGUCAAGUACGUCAGUCGAAAGGCUCCGGGGGAUAGGUGGGAUAUUACCGGUACGUUUGAGGUUGAGGAGCGGGAUGAUGAUGAGGAGGAGGGGGAUGAGGGAGAGGGAGAGGACGAGGAAGAAGACGAAGAGGAGGGAGAGGGAAGUGGGGAAGGAGAAGAUGGGGGAAAAGGGGGUAAGGCUGAAGGGACGGGCAUCUUGGAUGAUACGGAAGAAGAGUGGAAUGGCUUUUCUCCGUCCGAGGAUAGCGAUUCCGAUUAAGUUGGCCAGCCGGUUUGCUAGCUGUCUGGUCAUCCAUCAUACCAACGAACAGUUGAAGGGCUAAGGUUAAUUUCACCUAAAACGCAUAUAAACCAUCCAUAGCAUAGCACCGUCUCGAGACGUUUAAUCUAGGAGAUAG